AUGAAGACCUUUCCGCUUCUUCUCCUCGCUGCUGCGCCUCUAGCGGCCAGCUUUGUGCUGCCAGACGAGCAGCAGGUUCUCUCUGUGUUUUCGGAUACAGAAAAUACCCAUACUCAUCAUGAGCAUGGCCAACAUGCGCAAGUCAAUGAGAUUGGGCACUUAGUGCUGCCGGAUCUACCUCGGUUGGCUAGCCAUGUUGCCGAAGGUCUCCAGAAGUUUGCUGCGCAUGGCGAUCACGGCCAUGGUCCGGGGCAUGGCCCAGAGGGACUGCGGGCCAAGGGCAAGAAAUGCCCUCAUGCAAAGGGGAAGAAGGAUAAGAAAGAGAAAAAGGACAGAGAAGACGAAAAAGUCUCUGCAAAGCACCUCCAGCACCACACCGGAGAUGUAUUUGAUAUUCGUCCUCACCACAAGCCUGGCUUUUUCGACAAGGUCAAGGGACAGUUUAAACACUUUUUUGGCCAGUCAGGCCAUGGAAAGCCACAUGCAGACGGCCACCACCACCGAGUAUACAACCAGACUAUCUACCAACUCAUCUCCAGCAGCAACCACACACGUAUCCUGACACGGAUUAUCAACCAGUUCGACGAGGUUGUGCAGCACCUAAACUCGACAGAGGCAAACUAUACCGUGUUCGUCCCCGUUGACGAGGCGUUCAAACAUGUCCACCACAAGCCCGAAAACAUCAGCAAGGCCGCCGUGCUCAACUGGCUCAAGUACCACGCCUCUCCAGAGGUAUUCACCACGCAUGACUUUUUUGACAUCCAAACUGUGCCGACCCUACUGGAAGACGAGUUUCCGCAACGGAUUAGCACCCAGGCUGGAUUCAAGGGGCUGUUGCUCAACUUUCACUCUCGUGUGAUCCGCGCUGAUAUUUUUGCUUCCAACGGCGUCAUCCACGGCAUCAACGAAUUCCUCAUUCCCCCGCUCGCCGCCGCAGACACUAUCGACCUGGCGCCCUCGAUCUUCAGCACCCUGAACCUCGCCCUCGUCAAAACCGGCCUGAUUGACGAAAUAACUGCGCAAAAGGGAACACUGUUCGCCCCUUCAAACAAGGCCUUUGAGAGACUCGGCCCGAAAAUCAAUGCCUUUUUGUUCAGUCGCGCAGGCGAGAAAUAUCUCAAGGCGCUGCUCAAGUACCAUGUUGUUCCGGACCACACUGUUUAUUCGGAUGCUUAUUACCAUUCGGCGGCGUCUGUUGCAAACCAGACUUUUACUCAUGACAGUCAACACUUGGAUCUUCCUACCCUCUUCCACGACAAACCCGUCGCCAUCGAUAUCCACCACUUGCAUCGCUUCACGGACAUUGUGCUUAAUAAGCAUAGCCAUGUUGGCAUUUCAAAUAUUCCGGUCAGAGAAGGUGUCGUGCACGUCGUAUUGUCGGUUAUUGUCCCGCCUCGUCCUGAUGAGCUGGAGCUUGAACACGAGCACAAACUCGACAUUGACCUGGAACAUGAGCAUGAGCAUGAGCAUGAGCAUGAGCAUGAGCAUGAAUAUGAGCAUGAGCAUGAAUAUGAGCACAAAGGUGAAUACAAACACAAACGCGAACACAAGCACAAAAAGGAGGAAAAGGAGGAGCAUGAGCACGACCACGACCAGCUAAGUGUCCGCGAUUUGAUGGAGAGAUUGGACCGGUUUAUUGAGUAA